AGCAUUUUUAACUGACGUGGCACGGCAUCAUCGCGUGGGCGUGGCCUCGCAUUGUCAACAUCCUGGUGCGAUAGCUGGGUCUCUCCAAAAUGGCGACGGUGGACAACAGAGAAGCAGGUCAGGAUGACCCAGAGAGUGAAGAUGAGGUGUAUGAAGUCGUGGACUUGACCGAAUAUGCCCGGAGGCACCAGUGGUGGAGCAGGGUGUUCGGGAACAACUCGGGCCCCAUUGCUGAGAAGUAUUCUGUUGCCACUCAGAUUGCGAUGGGAGGGGUGACUGGAUGGUGUGCUGGGUACCUCUUCCAGAGAGUUGGGAAGAUAGCUGCAACUGCUGUUGGUGGAGGGUUCCUUCUAUUACAGAUUGCCAAUCAUAGUGGCUACGUGCAGGUGGACUGGAAGAAGGUGGAGAAGGAUGUGAAUAAAGCGAAAAAACACUUGAAGAAGAGAGCAAACAAAGCCGUCCCUGAAAUAAACACAUUCAUUGAGGAGGUAAAGGCCACAGACUUUAUAAAGAGGAACAUCGUCAUGUCCAGCGGCUUCGUCGGCGGCUUCUUUCUGGGUUUGGCGUCCUAACACAGCUGCGGGUGCCGCAGUCUCCACUUACUGUGAAUCACAUCGCUACAUAGGUCACUUUCCUCUCUGCUGUUUACCCCUCAACACCCCUUGAGUGCAUUUAUUUAUGGACGGGGGUUAUGUUGAACAUUAAAGCAUGAUGUGUUGUGACAGUGGUAUUAACUGUUUUAUACUUUUAAAUCAAUAGCAGUUAAUCAUAUUUGGAGGGUUAAGUACACAUUCUGAAGUUUGUGUGAGAGUCACUGGAGAAUUUGAUUUCUUGGACUGUACUGUGAAGACUCUUUUGUUAAAUAUGCCAUGCUGCCACAAACAAGCACAGAUAUGUCUCAAUCGUCGUCAUCCCCUCAUGUAUAUUUGUCUGGUGGAUGCUGACCUUAUAUUGUUAUAAGAUGGCGUGUGUAGGCGCCACUGACAAUAUAGAGCCAACCCCCUUUUCAGAGCUGUAAAUACCCACACAAGAGAAAAUAUUAUGUAAACACGGAGGCAGCAAAGUGGGAAGUUAACACUUAUCCCCAGUCUUGUUGCUUUGAGGUAUUUUUUUAUUUAGCUGCAAAGUUUGGCAAUUUCAUGUGCCAUUUAAGCGCCAGAGCAAACACAACUGUGUUUUUGAAGUCUUUCACACUGAAUGGGAGUUUAAACAAAAGUAUUUUUCCACUCUGAGCAGGAGUUCUUAAUAAUAUAAAACACAUAUCACAUGGAUAAAGCUAAAUAUUUCAUCCAUUUAUCUCUAGGUUGAAAUUAAUGACAACUGUUGAAAACAAAUUCCCAUAAUCCUCAGCCACACUGUGUACUUUACUGGCAGAGGAUGAGGAUCUGCUGUACACUAAUUACUACCAUCAGAAGCUCAGAUACCAAAAGAGAAACCAGUCCUGUCAUUAAAGAGCAUAAUGGAGCAGCGAUUUGUGACUCCUCCACCCUCUCUAUUGUCCUUAUGCAUUUAGUAGUCAGUGUAGGAAUAAACAACGCAAAAGCGAUGCUGCGAUGUCGUGCAUCAUCAUGUCCAAUAUCCACUCAGAAUAAGUUGAAUUAAUCACAAGUUGCUUAUUUGGUUUUUCUUGCCUUUUACUUACAGUGCAAUAUACAGGUGCAAGUUUCAGAUGCAAGGUUUUGUUUUUGAUGAGCUUCUUUUGUCUCCAACUGGCAUUUUGUUUUUUCAUUACUCCCUCAUUGUUCCUACUUAAAGUUGUUUUGAUAACCUCAUUUGAGCUGUGUGAUAUCCAUUGAGUGUCUUUUGAAUUAAAGUUGCCAGAUUUUCUUUUGAGAAACAUUAAAAUAAAUGAAAAA